GCGACCUACAGUGUGUAGAAGUUAUCAGUACAUCCCGCAGUCUUGAACAAUCCUCAGCUCUGGUGUUUGUAGCGCAUUGAAGGAUGGUAAAUUGCUUGUUCGAAGUAACCCGCUACCAAUGGUUGGGUGCGAUCGUGUUGGUGCUGCUCGUAGUACCAGGCUAUGGCGGAAGACACUCUUUCCGACAGCUGUGCAUCACCGAGGAGCAGCAGCGCGGACGCUGCGUACCGGUGAAACAGUGCGACAGUGUGAUGACUACGCUGCGCAAAGACACGCUCACGCCUGAAGACAUCCAAUAUCUGUACGGUACGGAAUGUGGUCGAACGGCGGAAGGGAAGGCACUCGUCUGCUGUCCCCAGAGUUCGCUAGUCCCGGUGGGAGGACCGAUUGAGAGCGGCAUCAACACAACGAUCCGAGUGAACGCCGAAGAGAAACAACCCACAGAGCCCACCCUGGAAGUUGCUUCCAACGCUUGCGGAUUGCAAUCGGCAGUAAAGCUGACAAAUCUCACCAUCGGGCAUCAUCCUUGGACGGUGCUGCUUCACUACGGUGGUCAGGCCCACAGCACCCAGUUUAACUGCAGUGGCACGCUUAUCGCACCAAGCUACGUACUAACUUCGGCAAGCUGUGUGGACGAUGAGGCGGCAUGGAACAACUUAACCGUACGGCUUGGCGAGUGGGAUCUCGAAUCGACGGUCGACUGUAUUCUUGACCCCGACAGCGACGAUCUGGUCUGUGCCGACCCAUCGUACGAUGUACCGGUGGGACAGGUGAUCCUGCACGAAGCAUAUACCGGACGGCGGAACAAUAUUGCACUGCUGAAACUGGCCCAACCGGCGCAUCUAAACGAUUGGGUUAGUCCGAUCUGUUUGCCCGAGUCGCCUGUGCUGAACGAAACGGCGAAGUACGGUGCGGCUGGUUGGAACCAGAGCACUUGCGCGGACCCGAGCAGCCGGUACAAGCAACUGUCCAGCUAUGAUGCACUCAACCAGAAGGCUUGCGAGCGGUACGUCCCAUCGGUAGCGGGCACCUCGUACGGAUUUGUUUGUGUCGCAGUCGGGGAGGAGCAGCCGCUGGGUGAUGCUGGCGGUGGGUUGACGGCAGUGAGAACGAUCGACUCCGCCGGACGCUCGGUGCACGAGCUGGUCGGUGUGCUGAGCUCACUGUCGAGCUGUGCCAACUUUCAGGGUGUUUCCGUUUACACGCGAGUGGCGCAGUACGUGGAUUGGAUCGAGAGCAAGCUAGUAGUGCCGUCUGAUGGAGCUUAACUCACAUCACACUAGUUGGUAGAGUGGUAAUAGAUAAUUACUUUUUUUAAUUGUACGUAUACACUUAAAUGGUAAAGCUUAUUUAGGGAAAACUUGCUAACUGAAUAAAUCACACACGCGACUGGUGCAAUUACGGUUCUAGAUUACUAACGAUCCAAUCGACGAACUGAUUGACUCGGGUGUACACACCCGGCACUCCCUCGAGCCCACACUGGCGGCCGUAACUGACCAGCCCGCCGAGAUACAUGACGCCUUCCGAGUUGCGCUGGCCCACGUACAUCAGCGGUCCGCCAGAAUCGCCCCGGCAGGAGUCUUGUUUCGCCGUACCACCGGCGCAAACCUGCGUCCGAUCGAUGCCGGCCUGUGGGUACUGCUGCUGGCAGGUUUGUUCCGGCACGCCCGACACACCAACGUACAGCUUGUAGCGGCUUCUCGGUGCUGCAAGGAGCAGUGCAGAGUUCGGUGGUUAGUAGGAAUAUGGCUUGAUUGCAAACUACCUACCGCUACCGCUACCUACCGUCCUCCGUUUGACCCCAGCCAGCCACGACGAACCGUUGGCCAUCGUAGGAGAUGGUCCGCUGCGCCGGCUCCAGCGGUAGACAGAUCGGCUGCACGUAAUCGUUAAACACAGCCGGCCGUGCGAGCCGUACCUGGGCGAUGUCGUUCUUUACCGAUUGCUUCUGCACGGCGUAGCCGGGAUGCACGAUAUACUUCUCGAUCGCAAUGUCCUGCACCGGGUCGGCACACACGCGCUCCCCGUACGAGUUGGCACAGUCCUGGUCGGAAUCGAUGUCCCAUUCACCUAGCCGUACGGCCGUUCUGCAAGCAAUGGCAUUGUUAGGGCACUCGAUCUGGUUUGUCCCUGCGCCGACCCGCAUACUUACAGCGUCCAGGAUCGUUGUAUGUUCUCGAUGCAGUGGGCCGCCGUCAGUACGUACCGGUCGCUGAUGAGUGCGCCGCCACAGUGGAACUUUAGCUCACCAUCUGAAAGUGGUCAACAGGGCUCGUGCGUUACAUGGUGGCGAAUGUUUUGGGCAUGUUUCAGCCGCCACUUACUUUUCCGCCGAUGCUGGAUCAGAGCGGUCCACGGAUACUCAUCGAGCUGGGCUCGUUCGCCUCCGAUGAUACGGUCCGUGUACUGCACGCCACAUUCGUCGGGCAGCAGCCGCAGCUGUGUCUCGUACGAUAACCUAUUGCCUAACGGUGUACUGGCGGGCGGACGCGUCUGUACGGGCAGCGGAGCAGCCGUGGUAGCCGGCUGGACGUUCUCGGGCUCGGCACAACACACCAGCACCUUCCGGUCCUGCGCCCCACACCGGCUAGCCUCGAGGAAACGGACCACGUUCGACGUCAGCAGCGGCUGGUUGAGCAGUCGCUGUAUCAGCGGACAUUGGGUAACCGUAACGCAGAGUCCGUUUUUCAAAUCGGGCGUUCGGCACGGGUUCGGAACUGCGCAGAGAAUAGAGCAAAGAAAACACAGGUUUUAUCGUAACACGCACGCUACCCCGUCAUACACCUGUCAGCUGCUGUAUGGGAACGUUUCACCUGACAGGCGAACAAUAACACCAAGAGCCACAGCAACACAACUCACACUGCGCGGCGCUGGAAUGUAACACGCACAUGAUGACGGUAAUUAUCGGCACCACUGCUACCCCCCGUCCGAAUGUACCACCACUACCACCACCACCGCGGUGACGACGUACUGCUGUCAUUUCGUCACGAGCCGAGGGCCGGUUCGACAGGUCGGCGGAUUGUCCACCACUUACGCUUGCCGAUCAGUCGGACAGCACAGGUAGCACAGCACACUGGUCGAUGCGUAUCGGUCGAGUGUACAACGGAAACUAACGCCGGUUAGGAAACUAACGUGAGCAUAAGCAGGUGGACGUUUCGUGGACGACGUGUCGCAGGGGCGGACGAUGAAACGGGCAAAUCUACCCCGGCUGCCAGGCGCUUUAGGGAACUCCUUUUGGGUGGUGGAAACGGGUUUUGCCUUUAUAUCGAGGGGAUUUUUUUUAGUUUCUCUGUUCCCUAGGCUCGACUAUAUGUAGAUAUAGCGUCGAGCAUUUGUAAUUACGCACGUGAUUAGCAUGUAGUUGUGUGCUGGGCCCGUGUGGGACCAAACGUUUGAUGGUUUCGUAUUUGUACGGAUUUGAAAUCGGCAAAUUUCACCAGCGUGUUGACAGGUAGAGGGCUUUUCCCUUUCGCUGUGCUGCUUUCCGGUACGUGUAACAGGUGGCCGGAUGAUUCAUGGAAUAGGUAAUUCACAAUAGCAAUCAAGUGCAUUCUAAAGAGUUGCAGGGUUUCUUACUUACUCUGAAAAUGGUAGAACCCUUUCAUGCAGCGUUGUAACCCAAGAGAGUGCGUCAUUAUGAGGCAUAUUCUAAACGGCAAUAGAGUCAUAAAGACGUAAUUUUUUGUGAUGUUUUCUAUAGAAAUCUUUGAAAUUAAUAAUAAGAAUCGAGUAAAAUUGAAAAUAGUUUAAACUUGUAUGUCACAAAGAUUCGAAAAAUACCUUGAACCUUUUCACAUUUAUUCAUUCUCACCUUAGUUCAAACACCCGGAAUUAAGAAAAAAUCCGUAACCUACAAACACAAAAUCCCUUAAACUGCACAGUUUCAGAUAGUCAUUUAAAAUUAGCCCUUGUCAGAUUUUUUUAUUUGUUGUUUUUUUAAGAGCGUGUUGAAUGGUAAUAUUGUAAAGUGCCAGAAUACACUAAACGAUUACUGUUCGCUUUGUGAAUGAAUAAAGGAACGAUCUAGUUCUUAUUAUUUAAUCAU